UUUAGCGUACACCCUACCCGUACACAGCGCACCGUGUUGCACUUCGCUAGCACAGCAGAAGUGAAUGCCAAGCUGCGAUUUUACUCCCACGUCGUCACAUUUGCUGUGAGCGGAAGGCAAAGCAUUUGACGUACAGUGAAUCAGUCACUUCACUAGAGUCGAGUCAUUGACGAAGAAGACGAGACGAAUCUUAUCCUUUUUGCUUCUUGCUAGCUACAGAGCUCAUAUCGGUCUUUAGAACGUUUUGUCCUCAACUUUACCGCCAAGAUGAGUUCGAGAAAAGCCGGUAUGAAGAAGGGAGCCCAGGGCAAGCGGACCAGGGCCACACGCGCCUCGUCCAAUGUGUUCGCUAUGUUCGACCAGGCCCAAAUCCAGGAAUUCAAGGAGGCGUUCAAUAUGAUUGAUCAGAAUCGUGAUGGUUUCAUUGACAAGGACGACUUGAAGGAUAUGUAUGCAUCACUAGGUCAAGAACCCACCGAUGAGUUCCUGGAGAACAUGAUGGGAGAUGCGCACGGACCUAUCAACUUCACGAUGUUCUUGACUCUUUUCGGAGAGAAACUUGCAGGUACGGACCCCGAGGAGGUAAUCAGGAAUGCUUUCGCCUGCUUCGACGACAGCGCAUCGGGCUACAUCCACGAAGAUAAGCUGAAGGAGCUUCUGAUGACGAUGGGAGACCGUUUCACAGAAGAUGAGGUCGAUGAAGUACUGCGCGGCGCCACGAUUGACUCUAAGGGAAAUUUCGAUUACCUGGCGUUUGCUCGUAUGCUGAAGCACGGCAGUGACGACAAGUGAACGGGGAGAGGAGUCAGUGAGGAACGGAGGGGAAGAGGCGGGUGUGUAAAUGAGACAGUAUCUUAUCUUCGCUGGUGCAUACAGCUAGCCACAAGCUUAUUAUAACUGCAUCCUCUGUAGACUGUACCCCCAGUCUCCCUUACUGUUAGUGCAUGCAGGUCUGAUGAAGUCACAUGGUUGUGGGUGUGAGCGCACGUGUGGAGUUGGUUUGGAAUCGGAGAGAUCCUGUCUUGUGUCGUGUGUCUGUAUGUGUGCUGCUGUGCUCAUCCCAUGCACACACUACACGCGCAUGUCACGGCUGCAUGUGUGGCGCACAGCAGUCUCCGUCAUGUGCAGAUUUUUCAGUGCUGUGUGUGAGUGUGAGCGGUGCUGUCAAAUUGGACGUUUCUUACACUCCACGCUGUAUUCCCUGUGUACCGUCGCUCCAGCAUCACAUACCGCAUUCAUCUACACCGGAAUCCUAUACUAGAUGUGUAUAUUAUUCUUACUAAAUGUACAGUGACACAUUGCAUAUUAGCUACCGUUUCUAUCCUUUUUUAGAGUUACAGUAUCACUCUUUAGCCAUGACAUAAUGAUGACGUCAUCAUGUUUGACCCAUGUGGCUGUUUUGUAGCUGUAUUGGACCGCAGGCAGUUGAAAGGCA